UCAUCGUUCUUCAUCCCAUUCAGCCUUUUUCCGGCAAUUUUAGGUUGUCUUUCCAUAUUUUAGUUCCUACGAAACUCGUAAUUGCUAUUUGAAGAUAUAACGGAGUAAAUUCAGUUUUUCAGACACAACAAAUGGCAAGGAGAUAAAUCAGUUUUCGGUCAAAUCAACCACAAGAAGAUAAAUCAGCCAUUGUCUACUGAUCGAUUCAAAUUAAUAAGAUCAAUAGGCGACUGUGCAGAAAGUCAAACUUGUAAUAUUUCAAUUACUAAGUCAAAAGUAGUUUGACCAAUUUGAUUGGAAUUACGCGGUGGAAAUGAGCAGCGCCGGAGGGGAGGAGUCGCAGAGGAGAUACAGAGGCGUUCGCCGCCGGAAAUGGGGGAAAUGGGUGUCGGAGAUACGGGUUCCGGGCACCCAGGACCGGCUUUGGCUGGGAACCUACGCCACCCCGGAGGCCGCCGCGGUGGCGCACGAUAUCGCGUCUGUUUGCCUGAGAGAAACGGCGUCGUUGGACAAGCUAAAUUUUCCGACUCUGAUGCCGCCGGCCGGCGUCGGACGGGGGAUGUCGCCGCGGUCGGUGCAGAAGGUCGCCUCCGACGCCGGCAUGGCCGUCGACGCGCAGCAACACCUCCUGCUACAUCCGCCGCAAGCGGUGGAGUUUAGUGGCGGAGGGGAGAAUAGAUGGGGUGGUGGCGAGGCGGCGGAAGAGGUUUUCCGGUGGGCGGAGAGGCCGUGUUGUUCAUCAUCGCGAGAAGGAAGCGGAAUUAGUGAAGAAGCUCAAGCUUUGAGUAUUUCAGUUGAUGAUUAUUUAUUUUAGAGUAAAUACCCAAAAUGGUCCCUCGACUAUAG